AUGUCUUGGUCAACAGGUUCUUCAGCUACUGAUGCUACUCUGAGGAGAAGAAUUGAGCCCUGGGAAUUUGAAGUCUCCUUUGACCCGAGAGAACUACGUAAGGAGGCCUAUCUGCUCUAUGAGAUCACCUGGGGCCCAAAGUGCAACAUCUGGCGACACUCCAGCAAAAACAACAACAAUCAUGUUGAAAUGAACUUUAUAGAAAAAUUUACUUCAGAAAGAUAUUUUUGUCAAUCUACCCGAUGCUCCAUCACCUGGUUCUUGUCGUGGAGUCCCUGUUGGGAAUGCUGCAAGGCUAUUAGGGAAUUUCUGAGCCAACACCAAAAUGUGACUCUGCUUAUUUAUGUAUCUCGGCUUUUCCAACACAUGGAUCCACAGAACCGGCAAGGACUCAGGGACCUCGUUAACAGUGGUGUCACUAUCCAAAUUAUGACAGACCCAGAGUAUUGUUAUUGCUGGAGGAAUUUUGUUAACUACUCACCUGAGCAAAGUGCUCACUGGCCAAGAUACCCGCCUGUCUGGAUGAGGCUCUACGCGCUGGAGCUGCUCUGCAUCACCCUCUGGCUUCCAACCUGCUUAAAGAUUUCAAGAAGACAUCAAAAGCAGCUUACAUUUUUCACACUCACUCUUCAAAAUUGCCAUUACCAAAGGAUUCCACUUCACAUUCUUUUGGCUACAGGGUUGAUAUAA